UCACAACCUUUUCUGCGUCCAUAAAUUGCGAAUUUGCAUCUGAUUCUGCGUCCACCACCUUUCUGCGUCCAUAUACGGACGCAGAAAAAACAACAGUAGUUAUCUUUUAAUUUAUAUAGCUAACAAAAUGUAACAACCUUUUAAGACACUUUUAAAGCAUCUCUCCGCCAAACUACAUACUUAAAUUUUUUAUUUAUUAUGUCCUAAAGCUGUUUGAGCGUAUGCUUUCGGACGCAGAAAGGUGGUAAAAUGUAGCGACAGUUCCAACUUUUAGUUGAAGCAUUUUACCGCCAGACUGCGCAUCUGUCGCGCCGUAUAUUGCACUAGCGUAUAUUUUUGUUACAUCAUACCGAUUAUUCUGCGUCCUCGGUAUUGGCAACGCUGUAAGUUCUAUUUUUAGAAAUUAUUUGCCGAGAGUCGAUGUUUAAAGAAUAUCGUUGGGAUUCACAGUUAAGAAAUAUUAUCUUAAAGUGUUUGGUUUUUUAAAUCGUUUAGUCAGUGAAUUUGCGUUAACGAUGUAUAGUUGUACUGCAAGAUCCAGAAGACUUGUGAAUAUGUGUCUUGAUUCAAGAUCGUCUUUAGUAAUGUUACCAAAAUGGGAAUCUACUAAAGGUCUUUCAUCACAUGACAGGGCUAAUGUUCUAAGAGAAUUGGUAAAACUUUCCCGUGAAGAUCUGUUUGACUCUGAUACUCCUUUGUUUUCAUCGGACUCUGAUGAAGAUCCGACAUACAUACCCGAUUUUGAUGACUUAGCGGAAAGUUCAAAUAUAGACCUUCAAAAUAACAAGGAUACUUACAACAUUGUGUUGUCACCACUCAAAGAAAAAAAGUCAAAUAAUCCGGAAAGGAAGGGAAUCAAUAUAAUAUCCAAUAUCAUUCUAAAUCCCUCCACAAAUAAUGAACAGGUCGCGAUUAUGAAGAGUGAAAUCAAUUCAACAACAGAUGAUUGUGCCACCAAAAUUUGUGAGAAGUCCGUUUUAAAAACUAGCAUUGAUAACGAAAAUGUUUCUUCUGAAAAUGUAAUCGACUCAACCACUCCAGAAAAAUCUACAACCUCGAGCACAGAACUUUGUGAGCAAUUACCUUUAAAAACAAAGAAGUAUAAGAGCAUCCGAACUAAAGACUUUUGUUUUUUUUGUGAAGAGGAAGUAAAUAAUUUUGCAAGACAUCUUUUUCGCAAUCAUUCGUCUGAAAUUGAAGUAGAAAAAAUUUCUUUAUUGCCUUGUAAGUCAGUUGAAAGAAAUCGCGCUAUUUCUGCUAUACGGAAGAGAGGUAAUUUUAUUAAAAAUUCUGCAGUUUUUUAUAAACCAGUGCAUCGAAGUGCUGUCAAUGACGAAGAAGAAAAUUAUGUUCCGUGUCCAUUUUGCUUUGGAUCUUACUCAAGAAAACUUUUAUGGAAGCAUAAAAAAAUUUGUUUUCUAAAUGAAAAAUCUAUUAAAAGUACAGUCAAGACCUGUUGUUAGAAUGUAGGCCUGACGCUGAUUUAAAAACUAAAGUAUUUUCGAGGAUGAUGGCUGAUAAAAUUACUUUAGUGGUUAAGAAAGAUCUGCUAAUUAGUGCUUAUGGUUCAAGGUAUAUUAAAACACAUCGAGAGCAGCACCAUGUUAACGUUUGUUCUCGAAAAAUGAGAGAAUUGGCUAAAGUAUUAAUUGAAUCUCAGAAAAUUACUAGUUCAAUUAAGAAUUUAUUUGAUCUUUUGCACCCUCAGCACUUCGAUACAGUGGUGCAAAGUGUAAAAGUGAUUGCCAAAUAUGAUGCAAUGAAAGAUAUGUUUGGAUCACCAACAUUCGCUAUGAAUAUUAGUAGAUCCCUAAAAGAUUGUUGUGACAUUGCAAUUUUGAAAAUAAUUAAAAGAAAAUACAAUUAUAUGCACAUGUCAGCUUCAGAAGCAGAAGCAAAUAUCCAAGUAUUCAGACGUUUAUUGGAAAAUAUGUGGAAACACGAAAUUUCGAGUAAAGCGGGAAAUGACUUAAAUACAAAAACAUGGAAUAAAAUAACCCUUGUGCCAUUAGCGGCAGACCUAAAGCUUUUUAGGAGCUAUCUUAUAACAAAAGGAACUGAAGCCGCGCAAAAAUUAGAAAAAAAUCUAAAUGAUUAUAAGGCUUUUAAUUUAUUGUUGGAAACUGUUUUCUGUCGAUUACUUCUUUUAAACAGGAGAAGAGUUGGUGAAUUACAAAGACUUAAAGUGGCUACGUAUUUGCUAACUGAAGGAGGCAACAAAAAUUAUGAAGAAUUUUCAGAUGCUGUUAGUGCCACAGAAAAACUUCUCCUUCAAAAAUUUAAAAGGGUAGUUACACGAGGAAAAAGGGGAAGGGGAGUUCCAAUUUUGUUUAGUUGUGACAUGCAAGAGCAUAUCAACAUUAUUCUACGGGCACGUCCUGAAUUUGUCAAAGAUGGUAAUUUAUUUUUAUUUGCUAACUCUUCUUCAAAUGAAAAUCCCAUAACAGGUUACAAAGUUGUUCAAAAACAUGCACGAUUAUGUGGGGCACAAAAUCCAGAUUCUUUAACUUCGACAAAAUUAAGAAAGCAUUUAGCAACAUUAACUCAAGUUUUUAGUAUGACAGACAGUGAUAUCGAGCAAUUGGCCAGCUUUAUGGGCCAUACUGCGAAUGUUCAUAAACAAGUGUAUCGUUUACCAGAUGACGUCUACCAGACCGCUAAAAUAGCUAAAUUGCUUCUUUUAAUGGAAAAGGGAGAAGCAGGAAAAUAUAGGGGAAAAACAUUAGAUGAAAUAAAUUUAGACAUGGAUGCUGAUAUAAUGGAAGAUAAUGAUGAUGAAGAUAAUGAUCAGCGGGAUGAUGAUAAUAAAAGAAGUGAUAUUAGUGACGAUGAUCUAGAUAGAAGUAUUAAGGAAACUCUUGAGAAUAGUGAGAAUCAAGGCGAAUUAUCAAAGCCUACAUUGAAUAAAUGUCAACCAAAAAAAAGCGCACUUUGGUACCAUGGACAUCGCAACAAAAAACAACUGCAAAAAUGUUUUUCAAAAAUCAUAUUAACAAUAAAAGACCUCCUAAACAACAUGAAUGUGAAGAGCUAUGUCAAAAAUAUCCAGGAAUGUUUGACAACAAAUCAUGGACCAAAAUAAAAGUUUUUAUCCAAAAUGUUUAUUCAAAGAAAACGUUUUAUGAUUUGUAAUAGUACCUAUAUUAUUUUUCAUUUUUAUAUAGUGUGGCCACAGUAAAAUCGUUAUUAAUUUUAUGACGAAAAGUUUUUAUUUAUAAAAAAAUUCUACUUGUCUAGAAAAUAAGAUUACCAUAUAAAAAUCUUAGGUCAGAUGAUCAUUAUUUAUGUUGAUAAAUAAUUUAUAAUUCGAGCAAAAAACAAUUCUGACAGAAAACUAAUUUCUUAUUUUAUCUAUGUUUCGUUAACUGUUUUUUACUGCUCCGGCAUCUUUGACAGGAUACAAAACUGUUUUACGAUGUAGUUUUUCUUAUUUUUUAUAUUUUAGUAAUAAC